AAGCAGCUUACAAAACAAACACAUUACCAUGAACUCCUUCGUUGUAUUCGUCGCCCUCGCCGUCGCUGGCGCCAACGCCGGACUCAUCGGCGCCCCUCUUGCCGCCCCCUUGGCUACCAGCGUCGUCUCCACCCGCACCAUCGCCGCUCCCGCUCUCGCUGCUCCCUUGGCCACCACCGGUUUGAUCGGCGCCCCCGGUUUGAUCGGUGCGCCCGGUUUGAUCGGCGCCCGUUCUGUUAUCGGUGCUCCCUUGGCCACCACCGGUUUGAUCGGCGCUCGCUCUGUUAUUGGAGCCCCCGCCAUCUCCACCCUCGCCGCCGCUCCUUUGGCCACCGGUGUGAUCGGCGCCCCCGGUUUGAUCGGUGCUCGCUCCGUCAUUGGUGCCCCCGCCAUCUCCACCCUCUCCGCCGCUCCCUUGGCCGCUUGGUAAAAACUGUGAUAAUUUGUUUGUUGAUCAUGUCCUCAACGACAUCACUAAAUAAAGUUAUUUAUUGAAGUUA